AUGCAUUUCACAAAGCUCGUUGCUCUUCUCUCGGCGUCUUUUACUGUGCCCGCCCUGGCGCUCGAGGCGUUCGCGUAUCCAUGCACCAACUGUAAGUGCAACGGGGCUACUGUGGUCGAUAUUGGCCCCAACGAGCAGAGUGGUUGUGUGAAUAUCAACGUUGGCUUUGGUCCUGUUGCCAUAGGGUUGAGUGGAUCUUCCCUUGAUAAGUGCACGCUUUUCGAUUCAGGCGACUGUUCGGGUAUAAACCAGGUUGUCGGCAUUCACAGUGGUCAGACUUUUGGUUGCACUGGCAGUCAGAUUGGGAGCUUUGGCUCUAUUUCAUGCGCGUCUGGCUAA